AUGGGACACCUCAGUCCCUCUUUCCCCACUAAGAGCCAGCAGGUUGUUGGCGGAGGUUGUGCCGCGCGCCCCUGCUCAGACGGCCCAGCGCUGCCCGGCCUCUUGUUUCGCACCUGGCGUCCCGCGCUGGUACCCGCCCGCGCGACUCUGGCUUCCUUGGCGGAUGAGAAGCAGAUCAAGGCGUCUCACCCCCGGGAGUAUGCGGUCUGGAAGAAGCUGGACAGGGACUUCGAUGGAAGCCUAAGCCAUGCGGAGAUCCGUUCCAUGUGCCGCAAGUUUGACGCCGUGGAGCACGCGCGCGUGCUCAUCAAGAUUUUGGAUCCGGAGAACGAGGGCCAGGUGGAUCUGGCUCGCUUCUGCGAUCAGUUCGCAGCCGUGCAGAUGGUCCGAAACUCCGCGCGGCUCAAGCAUUGGCAUCGCACCUUUGGUCUGGGUGUGGCCGGCAACGUCGCAGGCCACAUGGCGCAAGCCGGCGAAGCCGACCCCAGCCACGCCCAAACGGAAAUGCCCCCGGCAGUCUUUACCUUCUACGCGCCGCACCCCCACACCGUGGACGCGACGGAAGAUGAGAUCUUGCAGCGGCUCGAAAACUUUCCUGUCACGAACGCCGUGAUUGACUUCCCCCGACAGGGUGGCAAUGUUCAGGUCGAGCCCGAGAUGGGUUUGUAUUGCGACAUCGUGUACACGAAGGAUGGCAAAGCAGUGGAGCGCCUCGUACCGCGACGGAUAGCGGCCUUCAACGACUGCUCCAUACGGCAGCUGGACGGGUCGUCGAAGCUGAGCGAGAAGAAAAACUGGGGAUUUGGCAGCAAGGGCAUUAGCCUUCGAAGCUUCCGCAUCAAUAGCAUCUCCCGCGGCAGCUACGUGGAUCAGCUCUGCAUGGCGUCCUACAUCAAGAGAGGUCCUGAGACCUUUGAUUAUAGCAUUCCAGCUCCGGCGAGGAACUACCUACUGUUCCACGACGCCCUGUUGGACUGGAUCGUGGACCGCAUCAACAACCAACAGGACACGGACAAGUGGGAGGAGAUCUUCCCUCGCCUCGUGCAGAGUGACUAUCCUGUCUCCAUGUGGAUCGCACUGGGAGCAGGUGAGUACACCGACUGGGGCAACAGCAACUUCUUGCAGCCCAAGGACGAGACGCUGGUACUGAUCUACGACGAGAAGCGAUAUCCAAAAGGGCCCAGCGCGGGCCUUGUCGAGUCCUUGUUUCAGGACUUCGACGCACCUGGGGGAAUCAUCGCUCUUCACCAGACAUUUGUCUGA